AAAUUAGAUUUAGUUUUUGCAUGUCGUAAAUAUGGAUGAUUGUGAUUUGGAGAAACUAUCUGCAGCCCCUGCUAAAUUGUCACCAAAGUUUAAUCGCAACACAACGGAAUAUGAAGCCACCGUGCCAAGCAGUGUGGAAAAGGUUAAAGUGGAUUGCAUGACAAGCGACAGCGGUGCUUCUUACCAAGUUUUUGGAGCAGGAGGAGAGAAAUCGAUUCCUUUGUUAGAAGGAGGAGUCACUGAGAUCCGGAUCGAGGUUUCAUCGGAAGAUGGGACAGUGAAGAAUUAUUUGAUCCGCAUCAAAAGAUUAUCAGCUUCUGAUGCUUCACUUAACCAACUUUCACUAUCAGUGGGAAAACUGAUGCCACCAUUUUCAAUGGGUUGUUUUGAAUACAUAGCCACUGUACCCAGCAUAACUGAAGAAAUCACUGUAAAACCCGUCGCCCCCGACAAGAAAUGUAGUGUUGUGGUGUCAGGGUCGAAUGAAAGCUUCACCUUACCAUUACAACUUGGUGAAACAAGGAUUGUGGUUGCAGUUGGUUCAGUGGAUGGUAGUAAAACGCAGGAAUACGUGGUCACAGUUUUAAGAAAGCAGUUUCCGUGGCCAGUUACCUUUAAAGAUCCAAAGCUGAGCAUGAAGUAUGAAUGUCCCAUGCUUCUCACACCCAUGUAUAACCCAGUGUCCAUACAAGGUAUAGAUACAGAGCUGUCAAUGUCACAACCUUGCAUGGAUAUGCUUGCUAGAAGAUCAAAAACGAACCCAUUUGAUGAAACCCCCUUAGCUACAGACUGGAGACAACUUGACAGUGAACUUGAUAAGGAGAUUUCAAAUACUGUGGCUUUGUCAGUAUAUGCUUAUAAAGGUGCAAAAGAUGAAGUGAAGUUGCGCAACUUGGCCAAACUUGCCACCACCAGCACAAACAAACCAAGUACAGACCUUGAUGUAAAUAAAGUCACCAACACACCGUGGUACAAAGCUGAGUUUGAAAGCUCAAAUGCAAACAACCAAAGUUCGUGGUCACAUAAAGUAGAGGUAAGAAACUGGGAGAAGCGUUUACAACACAUGGCUAGUGGUAGCAAUGCUGAUGUUAUGCUGAAGGAAGCUGAGAAGCAUUGCAAGGCUUAUAGAAGUAAACUACCAAAAACGCCAGGUGACCCAUCCACCUACUCAGAAGGCCAAGCACCUUCAGAUGAAUUACAGCAAGCUUGUGUCUUAUUUGCUGGAGCUAUUAAAGCUAAAGGUAAAGAAGCAAAAAAUCACCUGAUGUUGGCCCAUGCUCUUGAGGAGCAAACUUUGUUGGAUGAAAUGUAUGGGCUUGCUACAAAGGAAGAUGAAGCAAUAGGUGCGGGGUUGGACAAGGAAGCCAAGGAUAGUUCACGAUUAGAGGAAUGCAUGGCCAUCUGUAAGUUACGUGGAGUUCCACCUAAUGCACCUCUUGCUUUACAACUGAAAGGUAUAGAUGAGGAAUACAAGGCUUUACUUGAGAGUGGACAAUCUGGUAAAGCAGAUCAUGUUCAAAUGUUGUAUGCAUGGAGGUCUAAGCAAGCGUUACAGGAUGAGAAAUCUACGUUACAACGUGGGGAUGAAAGUAAGCCAUUAUCACAAGCUUACCUCAAGUACAUGGAUGCUGUGACCACUGAUCCCAACAAUCAUCUGUGCAACCUUCACCUUGGGAGGAUGCUUAUCGAGCGUGGGGACCACAAGGAGGCAGUAGAGAGGUUACAACAAGCUGUUGGGUUGAAGCCAACUAGUGCGGAGGCAAGGUUCCUCCUUGGUCUAGCAUUAUGCAUGCAAGAUAGUGGGCCAGGUGAUAGAGCAGAUGAAGCAAUCAACUUCUUACAUGAAGGUCUUGAACAAUUGCUGCUUCGAAGGCAAACAGAAGCAGACACAUCUGUCAUCACCCCUUCAUCUUCCACCAACCUCCACGCUGAAGAUAUCUUCCGUCUCACCAACAUCCAGGUGAUCCGAGGACUUCACAUGCUCGCUGAUAAUUUAAAGAUGAAGAAGAUUGAAGGGAUGAGGUCGUCCAAGGAUGUUUAUCAUUGUGUUUGCCUACACGCGGGAAUGGCUUUAUGUUCAUUAUACCACAGAGGACCUCUGUUCCAACAGAUAGAGUGGUUACUUCUCGAUGCCCACUAUGCGUUGCUGGAGAUCAUGAUAAGCGAGCUCCUUAGUGACACCGUGUGGAUCGAACAGAGGUGUCGAUACUUGUCAGCGAUGAUUCGUGCAAGCACCAUCACCAGGGAUAAUAAACUUCUUUCACUGCAAGAAAAAGUCUCCCAGAAGCUUGUCACCCUCAACCCAUGCAACAGUGAAUCAUUAUAUCUACUUGGUAUGUCACAACUCAUGAUAUAUGACAACCUAGCACUUGGUGUGCAAGACCAUCAGCCUUUACUUGAGGCAAGGCAAAGUUUGGAGGCCAGUAUUAACUUGGAGGGGAAGCCAGCAUCUGGUGACGUGCCACCCAACAUUAAAGAACAGAAAUGGUGGAAAAAAAAGGAAGCUGCUGAAAAACCAAAGCAAGAAGUUAAAGAAGCUUCAAAAGUUGCCCCUGCUGCGAGGGGUGGCAUGAGGGGUCGUGGAAGAGCGGCUCCGGCCCCUGCACGUGGUGCUGCAGCACGAGGUCGUGCAGCUUCCAGGGCUACACCAGCUAGAGGUCGAGCGGCACCUGCCCGUGGUGGAAGAGGAGCCGCGACACCAACUGCUGCAUCUUCUAAUACAAAAUGUGAGAAAGAUGCGGCUUCUCCUCAACCUGUGGCUUCUACCACCCCUGUCGUAAGCGCAACUGCACCAAUCAACCGAGUGACACAUCAUGCACGUCUUGGACUCGCACGUGCCCUUGCGCGAACUGACGAUGAAAAAUCGAACGCACGAACAAGAUAUGAAGAAGUUAUCAAGAUGGCUCCUGAAAUACACGACGCUUAUAUUGAGUUGGCUGAUCUCUUGGUACGUUUGGACCCUUUGGCCGCAGUUGAUAUUUAUUGCCGAUUUCCAAGUUCGGGAGAAGAAGAUUCAUUUGACGACGCUUAUAUAAGCGGUGAGAUCGUUAGUAUUUUGAUGAAACAUGAGAAAUAUGAAGAUCAAAGACUUGUUCAACAUAUGGUUAAGUGGGGUAGAGUUAUGGGGAUAGGAGUUCUUGAAAAAUACAUGGGAAUCCUGGAUUCCAAGUUUAAAACUGAGAUGUUAAAAAACAUAUACGCUGGUGUUCAUAGAAAAGAUAUUGACGACCCAGACUUAGCUGCCUUCUUCAAGUUUAAAUGCUGGAUUUGAGUUUUUACCUGGAUGACUUUUACCUGCUGUGCCACCAUUACUACCAACACUGUGCUUUUUAUACACUGUGUGUAUUGCAAAGGGCCUUCUGUCAUUGAAAGUGUUGACCUUUUCCAUUGUAGCUGUUUAUUCAUUCCACUCUGCCACUGUGCUUUGCUUUUCAUUAAUUUGCUUCAUUUUCACUGUAGUUUACAUUAGCAACGUAUCAAUGUCUUAGUGUUGUUAACCAGUAGUAAAUGUUAUUUUCAAAAUAAGUCUUAUCUUUUUAAGAAAACCUCUUCGGGUCGUAGAUAUUCGCUUUUGCGGGAAAACAGCGUUUCUAUUGCAGGAAAGUUCGUAUUUGACCCCGCCCUACGUGUGUUCUACAUUUUGCUUCCUAUCUGCUCUAAAAACAAUAGUUUCGUUAAACACCUUUUAAAUCAAAUAAACCAUGACCAUACAAGGUGAUUUGAAAUGAAAAUAUAGUGAACACCUGGCCAAA